AUGAUAAGAUCUGGGGAUUUUUCUGUCAAGUCCGGGGAACGUCAUGUGCGCAUGUGGCGGCAGGACGAGCGAAAAACGGAUGCGGACACAGCGCCUCCAGUUCUUGUGCUACGCCUACGAAACCCGGUUCGUGUCAUCUACAGCGUGCCAGCAUGCCCGUGGGCUUUUUUCCGGCCAUUUUGGGCCCCUGGGGCGUAUUUUACUGAGGGGGCCCGGAUGACGUUCCUGCACCGAAAACAGACAUGGAUAAAACGUGCGGCGAGAGAGGCACAGGUGGACACAUGUUCGGCUGAUUAUUCUGCCCUUCGUUCGUCUGUAUUAGGUCGAUUCUUCUGCUUAUUCUUCUGGUGUAUUUUUCUGGUGUAUUUUUUCUUAUUACGUUCGUUCUUACGCUUAGUCUUUCUUCUUUUGCUUCUUCUUAGUCUUCAUUCUUACUCUUGGUCUUGUUUCUUCUCAGUGGUCUUUCUACACCUUCUUCAAAACUUGUGCAUUGGACACUACGUUUAUACACCAGCAGCCAACUCACAAACUCAGCACUUAGGACUUUGGUGCCUCCUUGUGGGAAAUGGCGGCUUCCUCACCCAUGGCAGAAAUGACAGAGAUGAUCAAGUCCUUGCCCUCGUCAAAGUCGGCUUGGAUCUUGUCACCCAACUCACCGUCUGGGAUCUUGACGUCGUCCUUGGUGUCACCGUCGUUGGUCAUCAAAGACAAGAAACCGUCGUCAAUGUCCAACAAUUGGUACUCGGCUCUGGUCACGUUUGGAACCUCCAUGUUGUGGGUGGAUGGAGACAAGUCUUCCAACUUCUUACCAGUGAAAAUGUCGGUGGCAACCAAGUGGACCUUGGCGUGACCGUGCUUACCAGUCUUGGAGGUGGACAUGUCGAUAAUCUUACAUGGUCUACCCUUGAUGACAACGUGACCGUUCUUUCUCAAAGCAGAACAUUGCAUUGGGAAGGUCAAAGCGGCACCGGCAUCAGCGGUCUCAAAGGUGUGCUGUUUGGUUAG